AUGACGCAAUGACGCAUGUUCGAUUCACGUUGACAAAACGGGACGGCACGUGGACGCAAUCACGGCACUGUUCGUCAAACGGCGCCCGUCCCUUUCGUCGGGCGUCCGUCCUCUCGAAGGAUGCCGCCGUCUCAUUCCAGCAACAAGACAGGCCUUCUAGCAGCUCGGCUUACGCUACGUUGGGCAUGGCCGGAGUUCCCAAUGACCAACACUCCCCCUACGCUUCGAUCCGUCCGCCCGCCCGCCAUGGACGCGGCCCAGCGCUGCCCCCGGCCGCCUAUAUAUAGGCCACGCGUCCUCCUUGCAACUCCCCUGGUUGGUGGCGGUGAUGAGCAGCGAGCGCGUCGACAAGUGAUUGAGAUCGCCAUGGGGUCCUUGGAAGGCGACGUGGCCACCUCGCCCUCGCUGUCCAGCACCGGCAGCAGCGGCACCGGCGCCGGCAACGACAACCAUGGCGGCGGCGAGGUGAGGAUAUACGCCUGCUUCGCGCACGGCGCGUCCAACAGCCUCGAGUGCUACGAGCCGGGCGCCAACACGUGGCGCCGCGUCGGCGGCCUCCCGGGGGUGCCCCACGGCCACGUGCUCAAGGGCUUCGCCGUCGUCGCCGUCGCCGAGUCCGUCUACGUCAUCGGCGGCCGCCUCUGCCGCAGGGAGGCCGUGCCCGGCGGCGACUACCGCGACACCGACGUGGGCGUGCGCGCCGACGUGCUCCGCUACGACGUGCGCCGCGGGGAGUGGCGCUGCUGCGCGCCGCUGCUGGUCCCGCGCGUCGACUUCGCGUGCGCGCCGUGCCGCGGCAGGAUCUGCGUCGCCGGCGGGCUCUGCUCGCUCUCCGGCGCGCGGGGCACGGCGGCCGCCGAGGUGUACGACCCGGAGACCGGCCGCUGGUCGCCGCUCCCGGACAUGAGCACGCUGCGGUACAAGUGCGUGGGCGUGACGUGGGAGGGCGGGUUCCACGUGGUGGGCGGCUUCGCCGAGAGCACCACGCCGGCGGCCGCGCCCGGCGAGGCGCAGUCGUCGGCGCUGGAGCGGAGCUCCGCCGAGGUGUUCAACUGCGCUCGCGGCGUGUGGGAGAUCAUCCCGGGGAUGUGGCAGCUGGACGUGCCGCCCAACCAGAUCGUGGCGGUGGCCGGCCGGCUCUUCAGCUCCGGCGACUGCCUCAACAGCUGGAAGGGCCACGUGGAGGUCUACGACGGCGAGCUCAACAUCUGGAGCGUCAUGGACCACUCGGCGCUGUCGGACCUGGCGCUGCUCGCCAGCAACCUGCCGCCAUCAGCGCAGCAGCUGUACCUCACCAUGGCCGUGGUGGGCACGCGGCUCUUCUUCCUCGCCGGGUACGAGAUCGCCGGCGACGACGACGAGAGCUUCAGGACGGUCUCGCUGGUGCACAGCUACGACACCAGCGCCGCGCCGGGGCUGGCGCCGGCGUGGAGCAGCUUCCAGCCCAAGAUGGACCAUGACAACAACGUCGAGGACGGCAGCAAGGAGCUCUUCAGCCAGUGCUGCUCCGUGCAGCUCUCCAGCUGAUCAACUGCAGGCCUCAGUCCAGUCCAGUACACACAGUCAGUCCGUCUGUAUCAUGGUUUUUAUUACCAUGAAAAAAAAAUUGCUACUUGUGCUGUUGUGGUAAAUUCGUGUGACUGUAUUUUUCCUUUCUUUGUGGAGUGGACA